UCCACGUGGACCGUACGAAAAAUAGCGUCCCCGAUAUACUGCGCAUGCUCGCUCCAAUUAUGCUACCGCUCAUCUGCUAGCUCCUCGAUGAGUUUACGUACGUACGAACGAUGCAUUACAAAAACCGCUGACUGUGGUAUCUGAAGAAGUGAUAAAAAAGUGGUAUACUUCAAGACUGAAGAGAGAGGUCAACUGGCAAAUGGGGCGAACGAAUUCUCAGAAGGAGAUAGGGCCAACGUGUGGUCAACAAGGUACACCGAAUCAAGGGUCAGCUAAACGUCCAUUCAGUUGUGUUGUGGCUGAUGCCGACGAAGUUUCCAGCGUGAAAAGACAGCUCCUGCAGAUGCCUCCUGUAAAAUCUCCGAACGGCGAUGGAUGCGAGCCCGUGGAUGCGGUGGCGGGGACUGCCUCCGCCGAGGCCGCCGCGGGGAUAGCUCCCAAGAAGUUUCGGUUUACUGACAUUGUGGAGAAGAAAUUGAAGGAUGGAAAGUGGACUGAGGCAGAAAUAGAAUGGUUUAUCUCGGAAAUCGUGAAAAAAGACGGAAAAGUGGAAGAGUCGCAAGUCGGGGCUCUCUUGAUGCUAACGUUCAUCAAGGGGUUGGAUGCGGAGGAGACCGGUAUCCUCACCCGGGCGAUGAUGUUGAGCGGGGAUACCCUGAGUUGGCCCAAGGAAUGGGAGGGGAGACUGGUAGACAAGCACUCCACCGGUGGAGUAGGGGAUAAAGUCAGCCUCAUUCUGGCUCCUGCUCUGGCCGCCUGUGGAAUGAAGGUGCCAAUGAUCUCAGGGCGUGGCCUGGGCCAUACCGGGGGUACCUUAGACAAGCUGGAGUCCAUUCCUGGCUACACGGUCCUCCUUCCCUCGGAUAGGAUGCAAAAGAUCAUGGAGGAUGUCGGUUGCUGUAUCUGCGGCCAGACGGCCAAUCUCGUUCCCGCAGACAAGAUUCUGUAUGCCAUCCGAGAUGUCACUGGCACUGUGCCAAGUUUACCUCUUGUCACAGCUUCUAUCAUAUCGAAGAAGGCUGCGGAGAGAGUGAAUGCGCUGGUCCUAGACGUCAAAGUGGGCAACUCUGCGUUCUACUCACAAGACGAAAUGCUAGGAAGACAAAUGGCGACAUCCUUGGUUCGGGCAAGCAGUAUGCUUGGUACUAAGGCUACAGCCCUCAUGACGAGAAUGGACAACCCUAUUGGACGCUGUGUAGGAAACACCCUUGAAGUUGCCGAGUCCAUUCAAUGUCUUCGUGGAAAGGGUCCAAAGGAUCUUCGUACACUUGUGGAGGAACUCGGUGGGUGUCUAAUAGACUCCCUUCAAGGAACCACCAACGGCAAACAACAGAUAGCAAACACCCUGGAUAAUGGAAGAGCUUUGGCCAAGUUCAGGGAUAUGAUCGUAGCGCAGGGGGCGGAUGAACACCUGGCGGACCGGCUCUGUGGACUCCCCAUGGAUGAUAUUGAUGAGGUCUGGCAAGUUCUGAAAAAGGCAGAAAACGAGACCCAACUCCUGGCCGAGAGAACAGGUUAUAUUUCAAGCAUGAAUUCUCUGGAGGUUGCUAAAGUGUGUUUGGUUCUGGGAGCUGGAAGGGCCGUCGCUACGGCAGAUGUCGACCACUCCGUCGGGGUCAAACUACUGGCACAUGUGGGCUCGCAUGUCAAGAAAGGAGAACCUUGGGUCACAGUCUACCACCAGUCUAAUGACUUCAAUGAUGGACUAGCCGACCGACUGCAAGCGACAUUAGAGUACUCAGACUCGCCCGUCUCAGUCCCAGACAUUGUAAUUGGUGUGGUGAAGCCAUCUUGAGUUACUAAAAGCUCUCUUCAAUGAUUUGUACCUCUAACUUUAAAAUGAUUCUCAGAACAAAACUACAUAGUAAUAGCUGGAUUUAUAUAGCUCAGCACUUCUUGCCUGAGGGUACAAAGUGCUGAUAUAAUAUUACCCCGGCUUUAUAGCCGUGGAAAGUGUGUACAGGGUCAUUCUCAAGAAAAUGUGACGAAUCAUGAAAAUUACAUCCCGAUCAGACCAUCUUUUGACCUAUAGCCCUCUAUCUUGCAAGAAUGAACAUGGGUAAAAUAAUGUUGCAAACCAGGUGGGUGUUUCAUAAAGCUGUUUGUAAGAUACGAAUGACUAUGCACGACUUUUGAUCCUGUCUUGUGCUGUGUGAUAUAUCCAGGUGGGUGUUUCAUAAAGCUGUUCUUAAGUUAAGAGCGACUUUAAGAACGACUGGUGAUCCUUUCUUACGCGUAAACCAUCGCCAUUGAACAUUUUGGUUGUAUGCCAUUUACCACAAGAAAGCAUCACCAGUCGUUCUUAAAGUAGCUCUUAACUUACGAACAGCUUUAUGAAACACCUACCAGGGCUGUGUAGCUGACUUACCACCUAAGAACAUGUUCCAGUUGUUCAUAAAGUUGUGCGUAACUUUACGAACAGCGUUAUGAAACGCCCACCCGAAUCCAUUUUCAGUGACCUGCAACUCCCACAACUUGAGUGUUGUGGCCCAGUGGUUUAGUCUCUGGACUUUGAAACAGAGGGUCAUAGGUUCAAGGUGCAGCCAUGUCAUAGAUUCCUUCAGCAAAUAAUUCACCCACAUUGUGCUGCACUCGACACAAGUUAGGUGAAUGGGUACCUGACAGGGAUUUAUAACUUGAAAUGCGUUUUAGCUGGUAAAAAGAAUAAGACUGCCAAACUAAAGCUGGAGUAAUAACAACCAAAUCCUUUGGAAGCGCUUAGAGAAGUUAUGAUCACAAUGUGAUAUACCUGCAUUACAUGUAACUGUUCAUUAUGAGUAUUAAUCAGCCAAGAGAUGGUUUGGAAAAUGACUUUUGUGAUAUUUUUCUUAAGAAUGACCCUUCACGCGUGCCAACAUAGGGAUUUCUUGUCCAAAAAAGGCCCAUGGAGGGGAGACGUACACGUACAUCCCUGAAUAUGGCUUAUUUUUCAAAUGAUUUUGUGAAUGCAGAAGAGAAAGCUUAUUUUUCUAUAGUUACAGAAUGCAUUCAUUUAUUUUUUUGAAAGGGUUUGUUUCCUGUGUUAAAAUCGAUGGCAGAAUUGACCUAACACAAGUUUUCACAUGAUACCCAGAGACUUAUGUGGCAAAAACUUGUAUGCAACAAGCUCAGUUUGUCUACAGAUAGGAACACAUCAUUGAUUGAUUAAUUUUCUAUCAAAA